CAACAUAAAGUUUUAAAAGAAAAUUUUCGGAAUAAAAAUAUCGGAUAUGAAUACCGAAAACAGAUACCCUGUUACUGCUUCAUUAUUUAUGUUGAGAGAAAUUAAACAGCGUCAGGAGAAAGUAACUCGCGGACACCAGUUAUUGAAGAGGAAGACAGAAGCCCUACGCAUAAGGGGUAGACAGGCAGCUGUGGAAAUGUCAGCCACACAAGCUGUACUGGGACACACUCUGAGAGAGGCUUACAUAUCUUUAGCAGCUAUUAAAUUUACAAAUGGAGAAUCUAAUGCACUAGUUCUUGAAAAUGUUGGGCAGGCACAAAUUCGCGUGCUUAGAACACCUGAAAACAUAUCUGGUGUUGCGACAGUGUCUCUUCAGGCUGUAGAAGAUUUGACAGCCAGUGAUACGCUGCAGUACGCAGGCCUCGGCGCCGGCGGCCAUCGCACCAGCGAAGCUAAAAAAGCUUUCAGAGAAGCUGUACGAAUUCUUGUUAAAUUCGCUUCUCUAAGGAACACUUGUUUAAUUUUAGAUGAAGCAAUUAAAUCGACAUUACGCAAAGUAAAUGGCAUCGAAAAAGUUAUAAUGCCAAAAUUACGCAACACGGAAACUUACAUACUUAUGGAAAUGGGAGAACAAGUAAGCAAUGUGAAAUUUAUAACUGCACAUCGCAAAUUCACAAAAUAACGUUUGUUACUCUACAGGAAAGGGAGGAAUUCCACAGACUAAAAAUGGUAAAAGCGAAGAAAAAUCAAAAAAAGAUCACUCAAAGCCAGAGUCGCGAUGACGAAGAGUCUAUCUAUUCUCACGGUAUUAUUGGUUGUAAAUAUAUAACAGAAAAUAUUGAUAAAUUUUUAUUACCCUCAUUAAAAAGCACUCGUUUCAGACACAUCCAAUCCACCUUGUACUCGAUUCUUCCACACAAUUCUGUAUCAACGCACAGACCCAAUAUUAUCUCAGUCUGAUUC